UGGAAGUCAAAAUAAAAAAAGUCAAAACGCUAAACAUCUUUCAUCACAGCGACACGAGUACAAUUCAAUUUAAAAUAUAUGUUGUAAUUGUAAUAACUUAGUUUCCUUUUAAAAUGGAUUUACUUCUAUUAUCUGGUGUAGCAACCGCCCUUCUUGUCGUGUUAAUAACCUUGUGGUUCUUAUCGAGACAGAAGGACACAAAAGAUGAACGCCCACAAGCUCAAGAUCUAAACCUGCCCCGUCGGGCUCAAGUCGUAAGAAAUCAAAGAAACAGAGCGCGGAUAGCUGCACCAGCUGUUGUUGCUGCCCAGGAAAAUGAUUCGGAUGAUGAAGGAAUACCCCAUGCUGCUCAAGAUCUCAGCGGUGAAAAGAUAGGCGCUAAAAAACGUGCAAAACUGGAGGCCAAAGCUGAAAAAAAGGCCCAACGUGAAGCUGAACAAAAAAUGCGUGAAGAUCAAAAAAAGAAGGAUGCAUUGCUUGAAGAAGAGCGUAAGCGGCAGGAGGAAAAGGAAGCCGAGGAAGAACGAAAACUGGAGGAGGCAGCCAAGAAAGCCCGUGAAGAAAAGGAACGACAGGAGUAUGAAGAAUACCUACGAAUGAAGGAAGCAUUUAGUGUCGAGGAGGAAGGAUUCGACCAGGAAGAGGAAUCCGAUAAACAGAACAUGGUGCAAGAAUUCAUCAACUACAUCAAGGAAACCAAAGUUGUGGUAUUGGAAAAUCUGGCCGUUCAUUUCAAACUGAAAACUCAAGCUGUCAUCGAUAGGAUAGUUGAUUUGCAAAAAGAAGGUCGCAUUAGUGGAGUUAUUGAUGAUCGAGGAAAGUUUAUCUACAUCUCUGAAGACGAACUUAAUGCCGUUGCUAAGUUUAUCAAACUACGAGGGCGUGUGUCAAUCACAGAAUUGGCAGAAAAUAGUAACAAUUUGAUUAAUUUAACUCCUGUUGAAAUUGAAGGGGUUCAUUGAAGCCCCGAAUAAUUAAAAUAAAUGUUUUCUGUUCUUACUA